AUGUUGUUAAGAAACAUUAAUACCCUGCUUUUGAUAGCAAGUGUGGUGACCUCCGCUCCAGUUACAUCAACUUUUGAGACAGUAAAUCCAGCGGGCAAUACUUUAACACAAGUAUCAAUUUUUGAUCCAGAUGCGAAGGCUAAUCCUAACCCUGCGCAGCCAACUACUCCAGCACAACCGGCAAAUCCAGCACAGCCAGUACAGCCAAAUCCAGCACAACCAAAUCCAGCACAACCAGCACCUGCACAACCAGCACCUGCACAACCAGCACCUGCUCAACCAAAUCCUGCACAAACAACACCUACACAAACUCCAGCACAAACAACUCCAGCACAACCGGCUCCAGCACAACCGGCUCCAGCUCAGCCGGCUCCAGCACAGCCGGCUCCAGCUCAGCCAGCUCCCGCACAACCAGCUCCAGCUCAACCAGCUGCGGGACAACCAGCUGCGGGACAACCAGCUGCGGGACAACCAGCUCCAGGUCAAGCAGCUCCAGCUCAACCAGCUGCAGGGCAACCAGCUCCAGCGCAAGACGUCGGAGGAGCAGCAACUCCCGCUGCUGCUAAUAUCGCAGCUACUCCAGCUCCUGAAGACCCAGCAAAAACGUCUGAUCCAGGAGCUACAAUUGCUGGUUUGCCUGCAACAGGUUUUACUGAAAGGCCGGAUCCAACUCUAAGUUGGAAAGAUCCUUAUUUGACUUCGCUGCCAAGCGACUAUCAAAUAGAUACGUAUUAUACUGCGCUAGAGAACGGGAAAACUGUAACGAAGACCAGAGGUAAGACAAAGGUAUGGUACCAUGUCACUCAGCCUGGUACAACUUUGGCUUUUGAAUCCGAAUUCUAUCAGAGCUUCUACACACAGACUUCUCGACCAUCUGUAAGCGAAGGCUCCAUUGGUCCAGGUAGUCUGAGUGGUAUUGGUAGCACAGUUACUCCAAUAUUUUUCAAGCCAUCGAACGCUGGUAACGGUGUCACUAACCCUUUCACUACUUCUCUACAAACCUUGUUAAUUUUUGUUAUUGCAGCAUUGGGGCUUUUGGGAUAA